AUGAGUGAAAAGCUGAAAGAACUACGUGAAAGAUCUCAGAAACGGAAAAAAUUACUUGCACAAGCGUUGGGAGUCUCCAGUGUAAGUGAACUAAGACAUGCUUUGGGUGCCUCAUUGGAUGUAAUGCCUAAAAAGCAGGCAGUUUCAGAUUAUACUGCUGAGGGUUCCGACAAACCAGUUGCUAAGGAACCAGAUAGUCUUGUCUACACCGAUUCCUCCACAUUCCUGAAGGGUACACAAUCAUCUAACCCACACAAUGACUACUGUCAGCACUUUGUGGAUACUGGACAAAGACCGCAGAAUUUUAUCCGAGAUGUGGGUCUCGCAGAUCGCUUUGAAGAGUACCCAAAGCUGCGUGAAUUGAUAAAAUUGAAGGAUGAUCUGAUCGCACGCACAGCAACUCCUCCCAUGUACUUACGUUGUGACCUUAAGACGUUCGACCUUAAGCAGAUGGGCAGCAAGUUCGAUGUUCUUUUGGUGGAGCCGCCUCUAGGGUCCGGCUGGCGAUGGCAGGAUGUUCUUGCUCUGGACCUCCAGCAGAUUGCCCAGCCUCGCUGUUUUAUCUUCCUCUGGUGUGGCAGCUCUGAAGGUUUGGACAUGGGCAGAGAGUGUCUGAAAAAAUGGGGAUUCCGCCGCUGCGAGGACAUCUGCUGGAUAAAGACUAACAUCAAGAACCCAGGGCACUCUAAGAACUUGGAGCACAACGCCGUGUUCCAGAGGACCAAGGAGCACUGCCUCAUGGGCAUUAAGGGGACGGUCAGGAGGUCCGUAGACGGAGACUUCAUACAUGCUAACGUGGAUAUAGACCUGAUAAUAUCGGAGGACCCCGAAUUUGGCAGCACAGAGAAGCCAAUCGAAAUAUUCCACAUUAUGGAGCACUUCUGCUUGGGCCGAAGGAGGGUGCACCUGUUCGGGCGCGACUCGACCAUCCGGCCGGGCUGGGUGACGCUCGGCCACGAGCUCACCAACUCAAACUUCAACGCGGAGCUGUACGCGAGCCACUUCGCGGAGGGCCGCGAGAGCACCGGCUGCACGGAGCGCAUCGAGGCGCUGCGCCCCAAGAGCCCGCCCGCCGCCGGCAAGCCGAGGGCGAGGGCGCGCAACGCCUUCCGCGCGCGCCCGCGCCCGCGCGCCAACGUC